GGAGCAUAGUCUUGUGUUGUGGUUAUUGGAAAAGCAGUGGGCCACCGGUUUGAUCAAUAGAAUUGUUGUUUUAGCAGAUACACUGUAAGCUGUAUUGUCUGUUGUAAUAGGAAGUGCGCCUGUUUGGCUGUGAAUCUUUGAACGACAAUUUACGAAUUAUAAGAAGAUACUAACAAGGUCUUAAAUGGCGAAGUCACACCAGAAAAAUGUUGUAAUCACUGGUUGCGAUAUUCCGAAUUCAUAUGGAUACGAACUAGCAUUGUGCCUUGACCACCAAGGGUAUGUUGUGUUUGCUGGAUGCACCGACUGCAACAGUGUGGGAGCCAGGUCCCUCGCAUCACGUGGUUCUACUCGAUUGGCUGUCAUGCAGAUUGACGUCACAAAACAAGACGAGAUUGAUGACGCAACCGAAAUGAUCCAAGACAUGAUUGGAGACGAGGGCUUGUGGGCGGUUGUGAAUUGCGCUGAGUUUUACACGGUGGCGGAAGCGGACUGGUGCAGUGUUGAGGACUAUGAACAAUCAAUGCAGGUCAACUACCUCGGUACUGUGCGCGUCACUAAGUCCCUGCUCCAUCUUAUCCGGCGAGGCAGGGGAAGGAUCGUAAACCUCAGUAGUAUGGCAGGUUGCCUCGCUCGCGCUGGACAAUCCGCGUAUUCUGCGAGUAAAUUUGCACUUGAAGCUUUCACCGACAGCUUACGGCAGGAAAUGCUUAAGUGGGGAGUGUAUGUGACCUUGGUUGAACCUGCUUAUUUUCCAGAGGGUAGUCUUGUGUUAUCUGAACCACAAACCUCCGUUCGCCUCAAGAGAGUCCCAGAUCACGUGAAAGAGGUUUAUGGAGAGGAUUACUUCGUCGACUUUAUCAACUCCGUGUCGAGGAACGAUCCAACCACCCAGGAAGAGGGGAAGAGCAAGUCAACUGAAACCCUUCUUCCGAAGAGUUCGUCUUCCACUCUCACAUCCGGCUACUCCUCCCUAUCUUCCACCUCCGCAUCCCUAAAAAAGAAGAUGCCCUCCGGGGUGAUGGCUAACCCGGGAGACUACGAUCCUGAGACACAAAAGGAGGAAAAGAAACGCCGAUCUCUCUCACUCGGAGGAGGAGCAUCCUCCACCCUUAAAUCCUCCCCGGACUUCGGAAACACCAACCGCGUUCUCCAUGCGCUUUCAGAAGCAGUGACUGCUUACUCCCCGAAAGUUCGCUACUUCGUCGGUUCGUUCCAGGAUCGGAUGGUAAAGUCAGCAUCAGCCUUCCUUCCUACCGUUGUCAUGGACACAUACCUCACGUCGGGUAGCCUGUCUAAGUGUGUACCAAAGGUGAUAAAGGAAAAGCAGGAAUGAGUCAACAUAUACUAGAUGACCCUUCGUUCGAAUCUGUUCAGAAAAUCGCAAUUAAAACGACAUAACAUCGCAUACUGUCCCCAUAUAUUAUUCAUGCCCACACAACCCAAUGAAAAAUAAUGCGCAAUACAGCAACAUUGAACCAUUAAAGUAACCGUUAACUGUCAGUUGGAUUAUGUUGUAACACACAAGGAACCAUCCAUUAUCCAACUUUGCAUUGUCAUCGUGUGCCUUAUCAUUCGAAGCACAAAUCAUAUUUUUAACAAGAUAGACAGAAAUGUUGAGAGAUUUCCCUUCCUCGUACGCAGCAGUUUUGUUUUUACUUCAUAUUCUUUAUCACCCUUGUUUUUUUCUUUACAAACAUCAUGCAUGGAUAAGUACAAGGUAUAUAUUACUUUGUUCUCAUGCUGCUAAAGCUGUUUUAAAUGAUACGCACUUUUUAGGGCAUUUUCUUCGAAAUGUUUUGCAUUAAAGUCUUGUUUUUGUUAAUCAAUGCUCGUUUCUUUGCAUUGUAUUCUUUUGCGUUCUUUUAACUUUUAAUAUUAAACCAAAAGAAAAC